ACAUUUUAGUUGGGAAUGCUAUAGUGCAGCUGGAAUGACAUGGAUCAUAAUAUGGAAUACAAUAUAUAAGAAAAAUAUUUUGAUUACAAAGAUCAAAAAGCUGUUGAAUGGAAUGGUUAAAUAUUCCCAAUCUCUCAAUUCCAAUGAUGACUGCAUCAUUGAUUCUCCAGGCGACAAAUAUCUCAUUGGAAUUGUUUUAUCAUCAAAUGUUUUCGCAGCAUUAAGUUUUUGCAAUGGUGCUUUAACUAUGGUACAUACUGAUGAUUUAGUUUGCGUUGUUGAAACUCAGGAUGAAAAUUGCAAAAGUGACAUUGAUGCAACAAAGCAAAAAUAUAUACUGGUUGAUGAUAUUUUGCAUUUCAUGUACAUAGCUGAAGUAAGAUGCGAAUCUAUUUCGAGUCAAGUUGUUGCUUCUAAAUGUUUUGUGCAAUGGACUAGCACAAUUCUAAAUGCAUCUAAGAAAUCGUCAUCAAAGAGUUUGAAGCAAUUACUAUUUGAGAAGAAAUCAAGUGAAUCCGAGAGUGUUGUUGAGAAACUUUUCAAUUACUCACUUGAUAAGUUAGAACAUCCAACUGAUGCAAUCCGUCACCAGGCCAAUGAUAUGUUGUCAAACUUGCUUCAAAUUGGAACUAAUUUAGGUAAUGAUGGAUUUGCUAAACAUCUUGUUCAAAAUGUUCUAUCACAAAGUUGGGAAAAAAGAUCAACUUAUACCGCACUUAAUCGUUUACUACAACAUGUUUGUAUGAGUUAUGUAAUGGAAGAGAAGCCUGAUAUUCAUAUGGUCUUGCUCACAGCAAUGAAGCAUCAAUCUCUUGCACCAUAUGCAUCUGAGACAUACAAACUUCUUGCAACUAAAAGUACGAUAGCAGAAGAAAUGAGAGUGGAAUCAAAUGAAAGCUUGCCAUACAAGCAAAUUCCACAAAAUAAGAUUGCAUUGGAUACUAUGUUAUCUGUAAUGUGUGAAACUACCUCACAUCAUUUGAGGCUUCUUGUCGAUUAUUGCUUUAUCAAACUACUACGAGUCAAUGGAAAGCAUUGUGUUUCCUAUAUUAUGGAGGAAUUUCAAUUAAAAUUAUCAUCAAAAUCCGAUGACAAAAAACACAAUUUCACACAAACUCUUGCAGCAUUUUUAGCUUGCUUUAGAGCAGCUUUGUUGAAUGGAUAUUUAAAGAAGGACAAGGAUUUAUGUGGAAAUUUGAACUCAGAUUUUUUGCAGAAUUUUCUCAACGCAGCAUUAAUUCAUCAAGACAGCGAAAUAAGACAAUUAGGAUUCUCAUUAUUCUGUGAAUCAGUAAAACCAUCCUACCUGAUAUCGAGGUCAACAUUAAAUGCUUUGCAACAUGCAAUACCUUUCAAUGUUUCUUCACAAGAUCCUGCUUUUAGACAAUGGUUGCUAAAUUCUAUGAAAAAGUUUUUAAUUCGAUUGAAAGGAAACAUGUUACAGCUCAUGAAAGUGAAAAGUAAAGUUGAAAUGAAAGAAGAAAACAAUAAAAUUUUGUUAAUUUAUGCUGGGUUUGUUACUUGGCUUGGCAUUUUUUGUAUUUCGCAACUAUAUACAUCUGCUCCUUAUGCAAAACGAGUGACGUCUAUCAGUUUGGUCAAACUCAUUACUAACACAUUCUCAGUCUCAGAAUUUGAAAAUCUUGUGAAGUUGGAUGAAGUUUUCACACCUGAUGCCAUUAAUAUAUUAUUUGACCUAUUAUCCGAUUAUACGAAGAUGUAAAGCAGAUUUCUUUCAUCUUUUAACGAAUGCUUAAAUUGAGAGGACAUUGUUGCGAGUGCGAUAUCUUUGGAGAAAGUAUCGGAACUAACUUUAAAAGCAAUGGAUCGUGCUGCUAGAAGUUCCAAACCAGAGUGGUGUGGGGAUGCUGCAUACCAUUUGCGACUUUGUGCAGUUUUAGGCAACACUGAUGUAACACAUUCAUCAGUUGAAUUAUUGAGAAUUUGUACAAAGUUAUCAGAGUCUCUUAAUAAGGAGUAUUGUUGGCUGAAAAAAAUAUUUCUAGCAGCAACUAGUUCACCAAUGUAUGGGAUUUGCAUUGUAUAAAAUGUUUAUUCAAAGAAGUCAAC